GCAUAUCAGCUCAAAAAAGUUGUGUGCAUCCAAUCGAUUUGUGAGGUUGAUGUCUUUACCUGGUGCUAUCAUAUCAAUUUCACUGCACAGGCCAAAGGAGUUGGUUCCAUCGAAGAUCUAUUCUUUGCUGAAGUCAUAUCUACGGGGGAAGGAGAACUUGAGGAAUUGGUGCCCAGCUGUCUGCGCAUGCUUACACCUAUUGACAAUGGUACCUGCCAUGGCUGUAUCAACAAUGGAAGCGGUGAUCAUAUGAGGCAUCCCAAAGACCCUUCUGCAUACACUGGUGGUCACGUGAGGGAUGCAUUUUUGCCGUUUGGCGGAUCUGUAUUACCACCCGUGGCAUACUCUGAGCCCCCACCUGUCCAUGACUUUGACUUUGCAGCAGCUGAGGAAACUAGGCUACGUAACCUAUUCACGGGCCCUAAAGCACAUAUUUACGAGAAAUACAUGAGCCCCCCUCAGGGCUCUACACUUUUUCAUGAAGAAAUGCUGCAGGAGUAGCUACCUCUGUGUGACCCCUCAAGUGAAAGAUGUCAUACCUUUUUGGACUGAAUGUCUAUUUCGCCAUCAUAGAAAUUUCAGAGUUAUUAAUCUUGGCAGCUUGUAGACCGAGUAGUUGGCAUUUCCUGUUGAUUCCAAGUUGGUUAGAGAUUAAUGGACCUAUUUAGUAUUUACAAGUUAUCACACUAUGUAUGUACCCUUUCUUUUAUAGGGAAUCACUAUGUAUAUACUCCCUUCUUGCCAAAAUGUAGCGUAUAAGAAUUUUUGAAUGUCAAAUGAUGUAAAGUUUGACUAAGUAUGUAGAAAAAAA